CUCGUUCCUGUCUGAGUCGCAACGAAUAGAAUAGAUUAAAUCGGAGUAUGGUAUAAGGGUGAAUAUAGAAUAUCCCUUAACUUAGUAAGCACCAUACAAACAUAAGCGAUACAAUAGCUGGUUCUAACCAAAACACUGGACAGUUAUAUAAUUUUCAAGCGAGUGAUUUAACCGGAGGAUCAUUUAAUUAAUAUAUAUCCGAGGGAAGUGAUGAAUUGAAAGUACCCAUAAAUAAAAAAAGGCGAGAAAAUACAAGAUAAAUAUAAGGAUGUCCAAGGCUGUAAGGAUACUGCUUCAAAAAAAUUGUAACGAGGAAGGAAAUUACAGCGAAAGAUAGCUCCCACAAUUAUGAAGGUGCCCAUGAAACUCUACCUGAUCGUAUUUGUGUGUGCUUUCAUUAUUCUUGUGCAAUAUCACCUGUAUAACCCUUGGGUCAUACCACAAAGCAGUAAUGAAGUACCACAGUCUCUCGUCGAAAGACGAGUACCAAUACAAGUGUCAGUACCGUGUGUCAACAUUGUACCUCCCGACACUGGGAAUUUACCCCCGCUAUAUAUAAUAACGCCUACUUAUAGUAGACCUGAACAGAUUGCGGAAUUGACUAGACUGUCUCAUACUUUAAUGUUAGUACCAAAAAUAAUAUGGUUAGUGAUAGAGGAUGCCUACCAUACAAAUGAUCUCAUAGAGGAUGUUUUAAAGAAAUCUGGGCUUACAUACUAUUACACAGUCGCUCCUAUGCCCGCACAAUAUAAAAACAAAACCAAAGGUCCUAAACCUAGAGGUGUCUCGAACAGGAAUAAGGGGUUGUCGUGGAUAAGGGAAAAUGCCAAAACUGGAGUUUUUUAUUUUGCCGAUGACGAUAACACCUAUGAUUUAGAUUUGUUCAAAGAGAUAAGACAUACAAAACGAGUGUCAAUGUUUCCAGUGGGCUUGAUAACAAAGGCUGGUGUAAGUUCCCCUAUUGUAAAGGAUGGAAUAUUCUCAGGUUUUUAUGAUGGAUGGAUCGGGGGAAGGAAAUUUGCUGUAGAUAUGGCAGGGUUUGCUGUAUCUGUGGAUUUUUUAUUGAAACGUCCAAAAGCGGCUAUGCCAUUUAAGCCUGGAUUUGAAGAGGACGGGUUUUUGAAAAGUUUGGCACCUUUUGAACCCAAAGAAGUCGAACUUUUGGCAGAUAAUUGUACAAAAAUACUGGUGUGGCAUACACAAACAAAGAAAAAUGAGCCUUCACUUCCCCUGGAUAUGGCAAAGUACAGCAAUACCAAUUUAAUAAAGCUCAAGAAAAUUCUAGUCUAGCCAGCGCAUAUUUUGGGAAGAAAGUAAAGUUGGCACUACUGUUCGUACAGCAUAGCAUACUGCUCUGAAGAUUAAGUCCAUAAAGACGUUGUAAAUAAAACGUACAAAUAAUUUAUUUUUUUUAUAAAGAAAAGUGAUCUGUUUAAAUUUUGAUGUUAAAAAGGAUAAUAAAAGUCUCUGCGUAACUUGAGGUUUAGAAAAAAUGAGAAGUUCCUUAUUAAUGAAUCAUUAGUUGAACUGAGAUAUUAUGUUUCUCUAUUAUUUGUGUAUUUAUAUUUAGAUUAUGAGGAAAUGAUUGUGAUACUUUUUUAUAACAAUGCAAUAUCAUUCUGCAUUAACCAUAUCCCACUUUACUUUUAAAUUUAUUUAUUGAAGUAUGGGGCUGUGGAAGAUUUUUUUUAUAAAUUAACUAUAAGGUAUUGUAAUAUACACAAUCAUGUAGAAAUAUAAUACAAUAAAUAUAUUUAUCUCAU